AUGAGCUUUGGUUUUGGCGUAGGUGACUUCCUCGCGGUGAUUGGACUUGUUCGCGAGAUCCGUUCCCGCUUUGUUGAUGCACCGCAUCAAUUCGGAGAUAUCUCAAAAGAUGUCACGAGCCUUUCACACGUCCUUGACGAUAUCGAAGUUCUCCCACAAACAGAACUCCCCGACCAAGAAAAGGCUGGGUUCGGUCAAGUGAUCCAGAGCUGCAAAGAAGUCCUCAAAGAGUUGCAAGAGACGCUUGACAAGUAUCAAGAAUUAGAUUCUACCACGAGGGACUUUGCUGGACGAUCAAGAAGGGUGUGGAAAAGACUUAAGUGGGAUCAGAAGGAUAUUGACAGGCUUCGAAGUCGGGUCACGUCGAAUGUCUCGAUGCUGACUACGUUCCUUGAGCGGAUAAGCAGUCGAAAAUUAUCGGCGGUCAAAGACGGCGUGGAUCAAUUAGUUAGCCAUCAGCGUGAUCAGGAUCGACAAGCUCUCCUUAACUGGCUCACGUCCGUCGACUAUGCUCCACAACAAAACGACUUCAUUGGCAGACGACAGGGAGGAACGGGCCGAUGGCUUCUAACUUCAAAUGAAUUUCGAGACUGGGUGGGCCGGAGCAAUCAGACGUUGUUUUGUCCCGGUAUUCCAGGAGCUGGUAAAACAAUGAGCACCGCCAUCGUGAUCGAUGAGCUCUGCAACAAAUUCCAAAAUGACUCCAGUAUCGCAAUUGCGUAUGUUUACUGCAACUUCCGAAGGAAACAUGAACAAAGAGCUCUCGAUCUACUUGAGAACUUACUCAAACAGUUAAUCUGGAGGCAGGAUUUAGUACCUCAAAGCGUACAGCGACUUUACGAAGAGCAUUGCCGGAAACGAACUCGGCCUUUGAUAGACACGAUCUCAAAGACGUUGCAAUCCAUUAUCCCAAGUUACUCCAGAACCUUUAUUGUCAUUGAUGCGCUCGACGAAUGCCAAGUCAAGGAUGGAGAGCAGGAGCGGUUUCUGGCCGAAUUACUCAGUCUUCAAACCCAGACAGGAAUCAAUCUCUUUGUGACUUCGCGGUUUAUCCCUGGUAUUGAGAAAAAGUUUCGUGAAAGCAUCAGGCUGGAAAUUCGUGCGAAUGACGAAGACUUGUCAACGUACAUUGAUCAUCAUAUGGGGGAGCUGCCGUCAUUUGUUUCUCGUAAUGAAGAGCUACAAAAGAACAUUAAAACAGCGAUUAUCAAAGCAGUGGACGGAAUGUUCCUUCUAGCACAACUCCACCUCAAUUCAUUGCGCGGCAAGCGGUCGCCCAAAGCUAUCAGAAACGCAUUGAAAAGGCUCCCGGAAGGCUCCGAAGCCUAUGACGAAGCCUACUGUGCAGCUAUGAUGAGAAUUGAGGGUCAGGUCCAGGACUCCGAAACCCUUGCUAAGCAGGUCCUAUCGUGGAUUACUUGCGCCAAAAGGCCACUGACGACCUUGGAACUUCAACACGCACUUGGUGUGGAAAUUGGUGAACCCGAGCUUGACAGCCAGAACCUCUCCGAAAUCGAGGAUAUGGUCUCCGUAUGCGCCGGAUUGGUUACUGUUGAUGAACAAAGUUCUGUCAUUCGUCUAGUUCAUUAUACCGCGCAAGAAUUCUUCGUCCGAACACAGGGGCGCUGGUUUGAGAACGCAGAGACAAACAUUGCCGACAUCUGCGUAGCUUAUUUGUCGUUCGAUACUUUUGCAUCAGGGUUCUGCCAAUCCGACGAUGAUUUUGAGACAAGAUUACAGUCGAAUCCAUUAUUCGAUUAUGCGGCCCGGAAUUGGGGGCAUCACGUCCGCGACUCAACUGAUAGGUGUCCAAAUACAGAAUUCCUUGAGAAUGAAGCCAAAGUAUCAGCUUCGAGUCAAGCGUUGAUGGUCAGCGAUAACCACUGGUUUCCUGGUUACAGUCAACGCGUACCAACGCAGAUGAAGGGUAUACAUCUUGCAGCGUGGUUUGGGCUCACAGAGACAGUGGAUUGGCUAAUUAGAAAGGGGUAUGAUUUGAAUUGCCAGGAUUCUGAGGGCCGGACACCACUAUUAUCGGCUUCUGAGAAUGGACACGAGACGGUGGUGCAACUCCUCCUCGAGAAGGGGGCUACGGUCGACUCAACGGAUACGGACGGCCGGACACCACUAUUAUCGGCUUCUGAGAAUGGACACGAGACGGUGGUGCAACUCCUCCUUGAGAAGGGGGCUACGGUUGACUUAACGGACAAUGAGAGCCGGCCACCACUAUCGUGGGCUUCUGAGAAUGGACACGAGGCGGUGGUGCAACUCCUCCUUGAGAAGGGGGCUACGGUUGACUUAACGGACAAUGAGGGCCAGCCACCACUAUCGUGGGCCUCUGAGAAUGGACACGAGACGGUAGUGCAACUCCUCCUUGAGCAAGGGGCUACGAUCGACUUAACGGGCACGUACGGCCAGACACCACUAUCGUGGGCUUCUGAGAAUGGACACGAGACGGUGGUGCAACUCCUCCUUGAGAAGGGGGCUACGGUUGACUUAACGGAUACCUACGGCCGGCCACCACUAUCGUGGGCUUCUAAGAAUGGACACGAGGCGGUGGUGCAACUCCUCCUUGAUAAGGGGGCUACGGUCGACUCAACGGACACGUACGGCCGGACACCACUAUCGUGGGCUUCUGGGAAUGGACACGAGGCGGUGGUGCAACUCCUCCUUGAUAAGGGGGCUACGGUUGACUUAACGGACAAUGAGGGCCGGACACCACUAUCGUGGGCUUCUGAGUAUAGACACGAGACGGUGGUGCAACUCCUCCUCAAGAAAGGUGCUGUAGCGACAUGA